AUGCCUGAGUCCAUCGAUGAAGAAGUGCAAUCUUCUGGAACAGAAAACCAACUUGUUGUAUCCGAGAACAACUAUCAAAACAAUACCAGCUCCUCAAACUACGCAUCUACAUCUACGUUACAGAUUUCAUUUCAACCAGUUUCUGAUCACGUACCAGGUGGAAGUCGGCCCAAAAGGCCAAGGAAGUAUUCAAGGACCUUGGAAUCUGCGUUGAAAAACCCAAAUAUCCGAAAUAUUCCACCUUGGCCACGAGAAUGGCAUCUUUCAAGAAUUCGCCCAUAUCAGGCAUUGUUAGUCCCAACGACCUGUCUAAAGCAGGCUUUAACGACAAUGGAACAAAUGACACAGUGUGCUGUUUCUUCUGCGGCGGGAAACUGGCAGAGUGGAAGCGAGGAGAUGAUCCUUGGAUUGAGCAUGCGCAUUGGUUUCCAAAUUGUCAAUUUGUUCAACAGUGCAAAGGCAACAGUUCAUUCAAACAUCAACAAGAUCAAAAGGAAGAGUUAAUGGUGAGUACCUUAAUUAAG